CUUUGUAAUAAGCUGCUUACACGAGAUGGACAUCCCCGACACCGACCCGACACUCGUGGCGGUGUUGCCAGACACCAGUACCCCUAUGGCAAUGGAGUUGCCGCAGUACAUAGUCGACUUCCAAGUUAAGAUAUCCACUCCGCUCUCCAAGAUGGAGUGGCGCGAGUUCGCACUCACGGGCUCCAUGCUAGACGUGUACAAUCUCGACAAGAAGAAGACCCACUCGUUCCGAGCGUCGGAAGUAACUAUCGCCGACAUGUCGUCGGAGGGGUUGUACAGCCUGGACGUGAACGGCCAGCGCCAGCUUGUCUUGCGCGUGUCAUCGCAGUCCCGUCUGACCAAGUUCCAGCACGUGCUUCGGCUAGCUGCGACAACGUCCCAGUGGACACCUCCAGUUGCGGACGUGUUGACAUCUCUCUUAAGCGUGGCCACAGACAUCGUCGAAGCUCACGCCAGGUCCCCAACCAAGGAGGUAAACGUGUCCACAGUGUCCAUCGACCACGUGCAGGCGCAUCUCGCCGACAUGCACGCCAUGUACCAACUGCAGGCCACUUGCUCGACCAUGGAGCAAGUAUACGCCCAUUUACUCGAUAUCGAAGCCGACUAUUGCCGCAACGUCCACACCAACAACUUUGCGCACACCGUGUACAAGCUGCACCCGGUGCAGUACGCCCGCCAUGUCACAGAGCAGCUGUCCAAUGAAUCGCCCCCGUCCGCUCGCCCGUCCAUCAAAGCGUUGCUCGCCACGUGUCCACACAGUCGCUGCGGCCAACCACUCACCCUCCAUGACAUGUACAACCUGCACGUCCUCGACGAAGCCAUCGUGUGUGCGCGCUGCACCAACACCAUGUCCAUACAAGCAUUCCAGAUCGCAGCGUUCAUUGCCGAAGCCCCCCAGUUUCACAUCCGCCGCGAUAUUCGCAAUAAUCCACAGAACCUACUCGUGGUGACCCCAGGGAUGCCCCAGAGCGGCCGCGUGCAGACGUUUCUGGCCGAGCUCGUGCGCCGGAUCUCGGCCGUCAUGUCCACGGCGGUGGCCGACGCGCUCGCGUCGCUGCAUGCUGAGGUGGCGGCGCAAGUGGAGCGCCACUUCGGGACGGCGUUCGGGUCGUUCCACGUCGAUCUGGUGCUUGCGAUGGUGCGGCAGCUGGACUUUGUCAACAAGUUGUGUCCACACAUGGAGUACUGGACGACUCCGGUGGUGAUUCAAGCGUCCAUGACUCGAUACCACAAGUACCUGCACAUCUUGGCCCUGUAUCGCAUACAACAGCGCAAAAAACUAGCCAAGAAACACAAACCGAAACAACCACAUACUCGAAAACUAAUCACUGGCCUCGUGGCGACGUCCGACAUUGACUUGAUCAUGCAAGCUCAUCAAUGUUAUGACGCCUGCAACUACCACAAGAUGGUGACUCGCCAUGACAACAAGGAUCAUCUACAUAAUGAAGAAGACGAUCUGUCAGCGGUCGUCGGUCCAGGGAUCUACGAGGACCUUGAUGACGUGGACAAACAAUAUGCCGACACAUUUCUCCUCUGGACUAGUACAUUCAACGAACCGUACUCGUCGUUUGCCCCCAGCUAUGCAGCGUGGAGUUCGGGGAAGCUGUUUCCCCAUUUCGCCAAGACCAAGUGGCGCAGGAUGUGUCGCGUGCCGUCGUACGACUGCCGCUUUGUGGGCGUGGACGAAGCGUUCGCGGUGGAAGCUCUGCCAUUCGCGACGGUCGUGCCGGACGAGAUGGCCGUGGCAGCAUCCAAAACGCCGGUGCCGGACGCCGUCGCCGUCUACUUGGCGGUGAUCGGGACCCCGGGCAUGGAUACCCGCGUGCGCCUGGCGUACUCGCGGCACCAGUUUCUCCUGGGAAACACUAAAUCCGCUGCGAUGAGGUACAUGACAUCGCGCAGUGGCUUUGAAGAGGCCAAAUUUGGAACUAUGGGGGGAUCGAUGGGGAUAUUUGGAUGUGACGCUGGCAUGAGCAUGAUGACUGCCCCGCCCAUGGGGUGAUUGAAUAGAUCAUAGACAUCCAUUUGAACGACGGCCUACUCGGUUAGUUGGUCAAGUUGCUAACUCCUACUUAACGUUAGUACAUUUACUGUGAUUUUCAU